GCCCUCAACGUGGUCUUCGGCUAGGAGAUCCACUCUCGCCGCUAUUGUUUGUUGUCUAUACCGAGGCCUUCUUAACCCUCCUCCGCAACGCUCUGGGCUCCCAGCAACUUCACGGAUUGAAGAUCCACCGACUAGCUCCGACCCUUUCGCAUCUUUUCUUUGCCGACGAUACAUACUUGUUCUUGCGUGCAACAUCAACUGAAUGCCACAAUCUUCUUCACUUGCUGCACUUGUAUGAAUAGGCGAGCGGACAACGUAUAAACUUGCAGAAGUCUUCGGUUUGCUUCAGCUCGAACAUGUCCGAACAAGAGUGAGUGGCCAUGGCAAGAGUUACUUGGGGUUGCUUCCAUCAGUUCCAUAGAGAAAUACAUGGGCUUACCUGCUCAGAUUCAGCGUUCAAAGGUUCAAACCUUCCAGUUUGUGGAAGAUAACCUUGUUGCUCGUAUUCAAAGUUGGCGUUCGAAAGCACUUUCAUUAGCUGCUAAAGAGGUUAUCAUCAAUGUUGUGGGAUCAACAACUCCGGUGUAUGUCAUGUUCUCUUUCCGAAUCCCAACAACCUCUUGUCGCCGCUUGAAUAGUCAAUUGAGUCGGUAUUGGUGGGCCGGACAGGAUAAAGACAGGGGAAUGCACUGGAUCUCCUGGCCAGCGAUGUGUGUAAGCAAAUUCCAUGGAGGGUUGGGUUUCCGCGAUUUUGAUCUAUUUAAUGUGGUCAUGCUUGCAAAGCAAGUUGGGAAGAUCGUGCUAGCUCUAGACUUUCUCCUUGCACGUGUCUACAAGGCUCGUUACCACCCUUCAUGUGACUUCCUCAACGCGUCAGCUGGCUCUCGCCCCUCGUGGGCCCGACAAGGAGUAUUAGAAGGUCGAGGAUUACUAAAGCAGGGUUUGCGGUGGCAGGUGGGUGUGGAACAACAAUCCGCAUCCUUGAAGACCCGUGGUUGCCAUCUUCUCCCCCGUUUGUACCUUCGUUGUUACCUGGGGCGGUUUUGGAGAAUCAUUUCAUCGCCUCCCUUAUCCAUCCAAUCACUCGAACUUGGAAUGGGGAGCUGCUUCGCGCCUCCUUCACAGCAGAUAGUGUCCAGUGGAUCCUCUCCAUUCCUUUGCCUUCUUCUCCUCGGCCUGACAAACUAAUUUGACACUACUCGGCUACUGGCAUUACACGAUCAAGUCCGGUUAUCAGCUGCUCUCCUCCGAGCGUCACCUCGAGUUUGAUCCUCUUCCACCAUUCUUAAACUCUCAAUUCUGGAAAACUUUGUGGAAUUUACCCAUUCCCCCUAAACUUAAAGUGUUCUUGUGGCGUGUUGCUCGUGGCUUUCUUCCAAUGCGUGCGAUAUUACAAGGGAAGUCUUUAAGUGACACCAACACUUGUCUUGUGUGCUCGGCAGUUGUAGAAACCAUUUCUCAUAGUUUCUUUGUUUGCAAGAUCGCUCGAGAGAUAUGGACGCUAGCCGGAAAAGACCACAUCCACUCAGCCAUUGUUGCUGUCGAUAACGACCUAGCUUGGCACAAUAUGUUUUUCUCUAUGCAGUUAUCCAAAAUCGACAUGGCAGAAGUGGUAUUUCUUGUUUGGAGGGUCUGGAAAGGGAAAUGCUGGACCAUGUAUGAAAACAUACAGUAUCUGCCUGGGACAUUGUUCCGGAAAUUUACAAACCAGGUUGAUGAAUGGCGAGAAGCUACUGCAGCUCCGGGGACUCAACCUUCACCUGCGAGAGUUCCUCGACGUCCGCCUCCAACUCCUACUUGCCCACCAGGUAGUCUCCUUAUUCGAUUUGAUGGGGCAACAAGGAAGGGCGUAAGAGGUGGCAUUGGGUUUGUCGGUUUCACUGGAGACCGAUCGGUAGUUUGUGCAUACGGUAAAUUUUACGAUGGAAUCUCGGACCCGUUUCUGCUUGAACUAUUAGCCUUACGGGAUGCAAUGAUAUGGAGCUUACACCGUGGUUAUUCUUCUGUUUGCUUUUGUGGGGAUUCACAAUUGGUCAUACGUCGAGCAAUAGACGAUGAUGUCAACCAUGAUCGAGGUGGGGCUGUACUCGAAGAAGUGCGCGCACUGAAGACCUCUUUUGCAUUUGUUUCAUUUUUUUUAUCCUCGUAGUACUAACAGAGCUACCCAUCGCGUGGCACAAACGACCCUUGCAUCGGUAGCGACCCAGUUGGUUGACUACCGCCUUUAUAUUUCCAAUGCAAUGUAACAAACUAUCUAUGACAAAAAAAUAUAGUGGGAGAAUAGGCAAGUCUUUUUUCUCUCUCCAAAGAUACUCCAUAUUAAACGAGAUAAUUAAGAUACACUAGAGUCAGCUGGCCGACCAGAGCCAUGAAUGAAAAUCGAACCCUAUCAAACUAGGGAACAAAGAAAUGGCUUUUCUGACCACCAUAUGGAUCACCCUAUUACGAGCACGACCAACAAAACAAACACUAGACCGGAGAAAACAUUGGCUCAACACCUUGAUCUCGCUCAAGAUCGGGCCACCACGAGCAUCCAAGCACAAGUCCUCAUUCACCUUGUCUAGCACCACCUGAGCAUCACCAGCGAAGACGACAUCCUGCUCACCCAUCUUAAGCGCACACCGGAUCCCAUCCCUCAAGGAUAGAAGCUCCACCAAGAAAGGGUCUUGCACAUCCGGAUACAAAGAGGCAUCCACCCCAAGCAGAGUCCUUGAGGCAUCCUCCAGAACCUAACCACCUGGACCAUGGGAACCCGAACGGGUAAAACUCUCGAGAGACUCUCGAUUGAGAAGUGUGAGGUCUCGUGUUCGACCAAUCUCGAGCCCAGUUGUAGUGUUCCCGGAGGCACCAAAAGGGGAUCUUAGUGGAGGGCCCAAAGGCUCAAACAUGUCAACCCCAAUUUUGGUAUCGCUCCGCAAUCGCUCAAGCAGUGCGUGCGUCGAGAUGUUCCUGGCUUAUCUGUAUUAAUAAUAAUAAUAAUAAUAAAUAUACUAGGGGAAUAGUU